AUGGCCGACUUUGCCAAUUUCGACGGAACUCCCAGUAGCCUGGGCAGCGAUACGAACCAUAGAAAGGCUGCUAUCCUUGAAAGACAUCUUCCAGAUGGAUACUCAGCUGAGCCGGAUGUUGCCUUUGGGCCCGCCAACCCGUCAGGUUCAGUCUCUGCUUCGGCCGCAAACGCCGACGAUGACUCUCAAGCAGAACCGGUAGAAUCUUCGCUCCUUCUACAAGGUGGUGAUAUGCACCGCGACAUGUUCAAGAUCAAGGCUCGCGCAAGUUCUCUCCGCCGCGCUGCCACUUUCUCCCAUCAUGCAGUUCCCCGUUUGGCGUCCGAAGACGAACUGAGCCACUCCGAGCAGCGUGAGCCAGGAGGCUUCCGACGAUAUCACAUCCAGCGACGCGCCCGGCAAAGACGCAUGAGUGGUUAUACAAUUGUGGCCAAGAACUUUGUUGACUUUCUCGACCUGUAUGGGAGCUUUGCAGGCGAAGAUCUCGAGGACAACGACAGCGAAGACGAAUCUGCCAUUGACGACCGAGAGGAUGGCGAUGUCGAGCAGCCGCCCGAGCUUCGGCCCCUGCUUGGGCGGAGACGAAGCUCCAAGAGGCUGCGAAAAACGGGCGAUGCGACAACUACAAAGACAUUCUUCACCCUCAUCAAAGCUUUUAUUGGAACCGGAAUCAUGUUCCUGCCCAAAGCCUUUCGCAACGGUGGAAUUCUGUUUUCUUCGAUCACCCUAAUUGUACUUUCUUUGGUCAAUUGCGGAUGCUUUCGGCUCCUUCUUGACUGCCGUCAAAUUUAUGGCGGUGGUUACGGAGAACUUGGUGAGGCUAUCAUUGGUCCCCGGUUCAGAAGUCUGGUUCUUGCUUCAAUUGCCAUCUCCCAGCUCGGAUUCGUCUGCGCCGGUCUCAUCUUCACAGCAGAGAAUCUCUAUGCUUUUCUUGACGCUGUGACCGCCAAUCAUCGCGAGCUGAUGUUCAGUGUGCCCACUUUGAUUGCUCUUCAGUUGGUCGCUCUUGUUCCCCUUGCACUAAUUCGAAACAUCUCCAAGCUUGGACCUGCUGCUCUUCUCGCUGAUGUUUUUAUCCUAAUCGGCAUUGUCUACAUCUGGUAUUAUGAUAUUGCCGCACUCUCCCAGCAUGGCAUGGACUCGACCGUGAAGCUGUUUAAUCCCAGGGAUUUCACCUUGACCAUCGGCUCCGGUAUCUUCACCUUUGAAGGUAUAGGACUUAUCUUGCCCAUUCAAUCCAGCAUGAAGAAGCCAGAACACUUCCCAGGACUCCUCUAUUUGGUCAUGUUCAUCAUCACCAUCAUUUUUACAUCAGUUGGAGCACUCUGCUACGCCACGUUUGGUGAGGAUACCAAGAUCCAGGUCAUCUCCAACUUUCCUCAGGAUUCUCCUCUCGUCAAUGCUGUCCAGUUUCUUUAUUCUAUUGCGGUCCUUGCGGGAGACCCUGUUCAGCUGUUCCCGGCUGCUCGUAUCAUUGAGACAUCCGUCUUUGGAGAGCGGGCAACUGGCAAAAAGAGCAUUGCUAUCAAGUGGAAGAAGAAUGCUCUCCGAACUUUUAUCGCGGGUGUGUGUGUUGGUGUCAGUAUCCUCGGCGCCAGUGAUUUGGACAAGUUUGUGGCAUUGAUUGGAAGCUUUGCUUGCGUCCCCCUGGUCUACAUCUACCCUGCCCUGUUGCACUACAAGGGAGCAGCCCAAACUACUAGGGCCAAAGUUAUCGACGUCAUCGUCAUGGUUGUUGGCUUCAUCGCGAUGGUGUACACUACCCUGGUCACUGUGUACCAGUGGAUUGACAGCGUAUGA